AUGGAGAGAGUCCGAAGGGACGAACGGAAAGCGGCCGAAGAAGAGCAAAGAGUGCUCGACAGGCAGAUUCAGGCUGAAAACGAACGGAGAAUAAACACGCUGAGGGCGAGAGCCGAUGACAGGUAAAAAAGAGAAAGCCCAGAAAGGAAAUUAGAGAAUGCUCAGAGUUUCUACUAUGUUCGGUCCCUCCUCGACGAGCGCAAAGGACGUGAGCAUUUCGGAUGAGACGGGGCACGUGAACUUAUUUCAAGUGAGUUGCCUUUAUUGAAAUUCAAAUCUUGAAAUGAUACGAAAUGACUGUUUAGGAUUUGGAACGAGAAGAACGGAAGAAUUUGGGAACGGGUAACAAGGAGUACGAAGAAGAAAAGGCAAAGGAAAAGAAAGAAUGGGAGUCGAAAAUGGGCAUCCAGGUGUACUUUGCGGAUAAUACGAAUGAUUUGAAUAAGAAGAAAGAAUGGUACGAAGAGAUGCCAAUACGAAGAGGACCGGACAAAGAAACGAAGGUGGCGGAGAAACGGAAGGCGCGGGACGCACUCCCGAAUCUGAGGGAAAACGAUGAAGAUGAGGAAUGGACAAGGAAGAGGAAAAGAACGAGGGAGGAGAGCGAUUCGGAGGAUGAUCGGAGGAAACGGAAGAAGGACAAGAAGAAGAAGAAAAGUGGGUUGGAAGCAUAGGUGCGGGAUGUUUGAGAAACGCCAAAAAAUUUUUCCGACAGUCGCGUCGCGGUAAAGUCCGAAAUGUCCAGAUUGCUGCCCCUUAAGGACAUUCCAGCAAUUUGGACAUUUCCGACUCUUGUGCUCGUACCAAGUGACCCCUCCCACUCGCCUGUCCCGAACUGCCGGCGCUCAACUCAAAACACCUAUGGUUGGAAGUGGCAUUUGCAGAGCAAAUGAAAGAUUUUUCAGAGAAAAGGAAGCAUCGUGACAGUUCGGAAGAACGGAAGUUGGAACAAGAGUACGACAGGGAACGGAAACGGAAACUGGUGGAACUGAGAAAUGAGCGGAUGGAGAGAGAAAGGGCAGAAAAGGCAAAGGUGCACGCUCUUUUGCAUCCGGAGGUGGAGACAAAGAAGAGAGAGGAAGAGGAGAAGAAGAACAAGAAGAAGUACAAUUCACAGUUCAACCCGGAUUUCUUUCGCAAUUGA